AUGAAGCGAGUUUGGAAGCUAUCAGACGCCGCCCAAUCAGAGCUUCUCUGCCGCCACAGAUGCUCUUCCAAAACCAAAGCCCUACCUCCUUACAAUCUCACCCUCACCAACUCCCCUAAUUACAGAUUCACCCGCGAUGUCACUGCCCAGAACCAUUCAUCUUCCUCUCCAUAUUCAUCUUCCCCCACCUCCUUCUCAAGCAUCAUCGGUUUGUUCAGCGACAAGCCCUCGCCCCAAGACCUGAGGGCCAGAGAGGAUCUGGUGCACAAGGUCACGCAGUUGAGGGACGAACUGGUUCAGAAUAUUGGGGACUGUGACGAGUUUGUUAGGGUUUUGGAAGAGAAGGGCUCUUCUUUCUUUUCGAGCUAUGGGAAUGGAUACGCUGUCGUUGAGCUUAUGAACCAGUUACGUUCGUGGCCCCAUUUAGCCGUGGAGGUUUUUGAUUGGAGAAGAAAGCAGGUAGCUGGUGGCACUCCUAUGACGCCAGAGGAGUAUGCCAAGGCUAUUACAUUGGCAGGUAAAACCAAGAAUGUUGAACUUGCUGUUGAGUUAUUUACAGAGGCUGUAAACAAGCGAAUCAAGACGACUUCUAUUUAUAAUGCACUGAUGAGUGCUUAUAUGUUCAAUGGUCUUGCUGCUAAAUGUCAGUCUUUGUUUCGGGAGCUCAAGAGGGAACGAGAUUGCAGUCCUACUAUUGUAACAUACAAUAUUCUUAUUUCCGUCUUUGGUCGGUUGAUGCUGGUUGAUCAUAUGGAGGCAACUCUCCAGGGCUUAAAUGAUUUAAAUCUCUCACCUAAUUUAAGCACAUACAACAAUUUGAUUGCCGGAUAUAUUACAGCUUGGAUGUGGGAUAGUAUGGAAGAAACUUUCCAAAAGAUGAAGGUGGGCCCUGUUAGUCCUGAUACUAGCACACACUUGCUUAUGCUUCGAGGGUAUGCUCAUGCAGGUAAUUUGGUAAAGAUGGAGGAGACAUAUGAAUUGGUAAAACAUCACGUUAAUGACAAGGAAAUCCCAUUGAUAAGAGCUAUGAUAUGUGCUUAUUGCAAGAGUUCUGCCACAGACAGAGUGAAAAAGAUUCACUCACUAAUGAAACUUAUUCCAGAAAAUGAAUACAGACCUUGGUUGAAUGUGUUGCUGAUUAGGGUUUAUGCUCAAGAGGAUUGGUUUGAGGCAAUGGAGAAGUCAAUAGAUGAGGCAUUUGAUCACAAAAUCUCUGUAACUACUACAGGUGUGAUGCGAUCUAUAAUUUCAAGUUACUUUCGAUGCAAUGAAGUGGACAGACUUGAAAAUUUUGUGAAGCGUGCGGAAUGUGCAAGGUGGAGAACUUGCAGGUCCCUGUAUCAUUGUAAGAUGGUCAUGUAUGCAUCACAAAAGCGCUUAGAAGAAAUGGAGAGUGUGCUUAAUGAGAUGGAGAAUUUUAACCUGGGCUAUACCAAAAGAACAUUUUGGAUAUUGUACAAAGCCUACUCAAGGUGUGGUCAAAGAUAUAAGGUUGCGAAAAUAAUAGGAUUAAUGUGGAAGCAUGGAUAUGAUGUUCCUUUGGAUGAAUUGCUGUCAUGA